GUGUAAAUUUAAUUGAUAUUUUAAUAAAAAGUAAAAUAAAAGUAAAUAUUUACAAUAUGAGUUACCCUCCACCUGGUGGUUAUGGUUAUCCUCCUAUUCCUGCACAUUAUCCUAUUGCACCACAAAGUACUUUAGAUGCAUACCCUCCUCAACCAGCGCAUGGGGGCUAUACUCCUGGAGGUUACAACACGGUUCCUAUGCACAAUCCUUAUCCUCAAGUAGCAGGUAUGCCCAUGCCAGGAGGACCUCAAUAUAAUCAGCCAUAUUCAUUUGCGAGUACUACAUAUGCAGUUUCAGCUGCAUUAAACUUUCAACAAAAUUCCCAAGCUUAUCCACAGCAAACCGGUUACCCUGCACAGCAGUCUACUGGUUUUCAGCAACCAACUUAUCCCCAGCAGCCAGCGUAUCCGCAACAACCAACAUAUCCUCAGCAACCAACAUAUCCUCAGCAGCCAACUUAUCCUCAGCAACCAACAUAUCCUCAGCAACCAACAAAUCCCCAGCAAAUUGCAGGCUCCCAACCCAACAAUGCUCAAUCUUCUUAUACCCAGCAAUCUAAUUACCAAGAACAGCAGCAAUCAUAUAUUCAAACAAAAACACAGACAACUGCAGAAAUUCCAAAAGAGCCAGCAACUCAAGGUACUGUAAAAGAUUUUCCUUCUUUCAAACCACAACAAGAUGCAGAGGAUUUGCGCAAAGCAAUGAAGGGUUUUGGAACGGAUGAAAAAGCAGUGAUUCAAAUAAUUGGCACAAGAUCAAAUGCACAACGUCAAAGAAUUAAACUUGAAUUUGCAACAAUGUUUGGAAAAAAUCUUGUUAAAGAACUGAUGAGUGAGCUGAGUGGAAACUUUGAAAAAACAGUGAUUGCUUUGCUUACCCCUCCUGAUGAGUUUGAUGCUUCAGAACUUUAUACUUCAAUGAAGGGGGUUGGAACAGAUGAAAAGGCAUUAAUAGAGAUCUUAUGCACGAGAACCAAUGAGCAAAUACGUGCUGCUUCUAGUGCUUUUAAACGAUUAUAUAAAGAAGAUCUUGAGAAAUGGAUUUUAUCUGAAACAUCAGGACAUUUUCGAAGACUUUUAGUGUCACUAGUACAAGGAUCACGAAAUGAAAAUGAUGCACUAAACCAUCAGAAAGCUGUUGAAGAUGCUCAGGCAUUAUAUAAAGCUGGAGAAGCUAGAUGGGGUACUGAUGAAUCAAGAUUCAAUGUGAUAUUAGCUGAUAGAAGUUUUCCACAGCUUCGUUUAGUUUUUGAGGAAUACCGAAAGAUAUCAAAAAAAACUUUAGACGCAGCUAUUCAGAGUGAAAUGUCAGGAGACUUGAAAGAUGGCAUGCUAGCCAUUGUGAAAUGUGCUCAAGAUAGACCUAAGUAUUUUGCUGAGCGACUUUAUCAUUCCAUGAAGGGGUUAGGUACUGACGACAAAACUCUGAUCCGUAUAAUGGUAUCUCGUUCAGAAAUUGAUAUGGUUCAAAUAAAAGCAUCAUUUAAAUCAAGUUAUGGGAAAACGUUAGCAAGCUUUAUAUCCGAUGAUUGUUCGGGAGACUACAAAAAGUUACUUCUACAAAUUUGUGGUCAGUGAGAAGCAUCAUUUUAUAUUACUAUGUUUUAUUUUUAUUUCAUUUCUUUAUUAUUUUAUCAUUUAAAUUUAUUUUCGUUAAAUUAUUUGGGAGUUUCUUAUUAUGUUAUUUUUUGACCUAUGAAUUUAAUAAAAAAUAUUUAAUCUGUUAAACUCUUAUGGAUUGAUUUCAAUGUUGUUGCUUUUUUAUUGUAAUUUCAUUAUACUCAAAUAAUAUUUUAUUUUUGUUUUAAAUUGCAUGAAUAAUAUUUUGUAUAA